GUAGACCAUCUUGCCGGGCCGUUGCGCGUAGAGCAACAGUGGUCUCGCCUUUCAAUGCAUCGGAAGCCGAGGCCAAGGAGAAGGAGCCAGAGAAGCCAACUUCAAGCGAGACUGAGAAGAAGAAGAAGGACGAGAAACCAAAGCUCACCCUGACCUGGGACAAUGUCCAGGAGGUGUUGGAUGAGCUGCGACCGUACCUGAAGAGCGACGGCGGGGACUGCAAGAUCUCUGAAAUCCAGGAUUCAGUCGUCAAGCUGGAGCUGAUCGGGGCUUGUAGCAGCUGCUCGGCCUCUUCGGUGACCAUGAAGAUGGGCAUCGAGAAAACGUUGAAGGAGCGAAUCCCCGAGAUCACGGAAGUGGUGGCCAUCGACCAAGAGCAGGAGCCGUUGACCGAACCAGGCAUCGAAGAGGUCCUGAACGGUAUCCGGCCCUUCCUCAGCGUCAGCGGCGGAUCCAUCGAAAUCUUCGAGCUUGUGGACGGUGAAGAUGCCAAAGUUGUGCUGAAGAUGGUGGGACCACCAUUGAAGAGCAUGGCU